ACUUGUGUCUUGUGCACUUAGGAAGCCAUUGUCCGCCAGCAGUUCAAUUACAGUACACUGCGCAUUCACAAUGAAGACAUUGAUCGUAUUGUUGGCUGCAAUAGGAGCAAUAAUGGCUGCUCCACAGCGUCAAAUCCAGGGGACGCCACUACAACCCGGUUCAAGGCUCCAGCCCAUCGCCAUUUUGAGGCAAGCACUGGACUUCCAGCACGACGGGUCGUAUCAGUUCAGUUACGAAACGGAGAACGGAAUAGCAGCGCAAGAACAGGGAUCGAUCAAGAACCCAGGGCAGAAGGACGAGGCGUCUGUUGUGCAGGGUGCCUUCUCCUAUACCUCCCCCGAAGGGUACCCAGUCAAACUGACUUAUAUCGCUGAUGAGAAUGGGUUCCGAGCUGAGGGGGCCCACCUGCCUACACCCCCACCCAUCCCCGAAGCCAUACUCAGGGCUCUGGACUACAUCAGGGCUCACCCUGAGGAAAAUGAUGAGAACUUAAACAGGGCAAGGAUCCCCAGCAGGGGCUUCUUCGGCAGCAAAUAGAUCUACGUCACUCGACUCGAACGGUCUUAGAAAAAUCUCAAAAUGAACAAUAGUUAGGAAGGUUUAUAAUGUUGAUUCAGGUAUUAAAAUAUCGAAAUUUCGACCAGAUAUAUAAAUACGAACAUGUACAAAUUAAUCCAUUUUAAUACAGUAAUAUUAAUAAAUGAAAGCCUUCUUUGAAUACAAACAUGCCUAUAUAUCACUGUUGCAUUUAAAUUAAGUACACCCAGGACCUAUUUCUGUUUAUAAAUGCUUCAUUUAUUGGCUAGAACUUGCAUCACUUUUAUCUGUAAUAUUUAUUUUACGAGCUUAAAAGGCUAUAUAAACACUGAAGCAUAAUGAAAGGUAUAAUCAUCACAAAAUACAUUAUUAAUGAAUAUUUAUUCACAGUUUUUAGGUGGACGUAUCCUUCUUGAUAUCGUGCAAAGUAAACUGGUUUAUAUUUGUUAAUUUUAUAUUCGCCAUGGAUGUCACUGAAAGUGAGAAAGCGAUCAUAUUAUAACAGCAGUUGUUGAACUGUACAAAAUGGCCACUAAUAAAAAGAAAAUGGGAGCUAA